AUGGAUGCUCUCCGCCCAUUCGACUUGCAGCAGACAACGCCGCCGCUUGGGCCGACAAACACUGUCUCACAAGUAUUCUUCUCCAACGAUGACAACACACUGUUUACGACAGUCAAAGGAGACCCAACCAAGAAUAAUACGGGUUUCCUGGCAGCAUAUCCGGUUGAAAAGAACUCGGAGUGUGAGGCAGGAUUUAGCGGCAAAGGCGUCAUUGAAGACCAGAAGGCAACAUGCUGGGCCACAGUCUCAGCAGUUAGCGGCACUGCCUUUGUCACUGAUGUUGCAAUCGACAGAUUAGUCGAGAUGUCCUUGACGGAUGCGAGCAUUCUGGGAGAAAUCGAUUUGAGCGCGAAUGGUGAUCCAGGAUUGAUCGACCUCAAAGCUGCGGGCAAAUUCCUGUACGCUCUAAGCCCUGGCAAUGGUACCACACAGGCUGCUAUCGCAGUGGUCAAUGUGGUUGACAAGAAACAAGUGCAACACUUUGAGUUGAAGGAUUUGGGGGCUGACAAGAAUGCCCAGGGAUUGGCCAUCCUUCUGUGA